CACAAUAUUACAAUUUUUUUACAGAACUUGGCAGAUUUUUCUAAAUAGUAGCUCUAGAAUGAUCUACGCAGUGUCAGCUUAAAGCGGCAUAUAAAUAGAGAACUUUAAUACUUAUAAAAGUAUUUGCAUACUUUGUCUGCAAUAAGAAAACAUUGCUUUGCGAAAAAUGAUGGGAUUUUGAAAUUUAAACCAUUCCUGGAACAAAAGUUGAGACCUAGAAGAUAGAUCUUUGAGUGGACACCAUUACAUAACUCAGCUUCCAAUAUACUCAGAAAUGGAUGUCUGCCUUUAUCAUGCUGACAAAUGUCAUUUUGACAUCGUCACAAGAGACAUAGAAAAAGCUAAGAUUAUACCAAGAAAUUAUGUUAAGAGGCUAGCAAUGUGUGUAUGCUCUUGUAGGAAAAACAAAUUUAAAAUAACAGAUGAAGUCAGACAAUUAGAUUUGCAAGAAAUGGCAAAUUACUUGAGAAACUGUAUUCAGACUGAGAAAUGGCCAGUUUCUCUUGUUACAAUGCUCAAGCCAUUGUUACAUGAUGUGAGCCUACAGCAAUAUAGUCUAACUAUGCUUGUGUGGACUUUAUAUAAUGCUAUUAAUUGUCAGACCUAUAGCCUAUUAGAUUCUUUGAUAAAAAAGAAAGAACCUGGUGAAGUUCUUAAAAAACCGGAACAGAAAAUGACUGCUGUGCAAUUUAAUCAUAUGAUUAAUAAAAAAUGGAGAAACAGUUUAUACAAAAUAGAAACCAUAGUUCCAAUGUUUGCUGGAAACACUAAAUUACUGCAAAAUGAUGAAAGAUUUCAAAACUUACAGUUAAAACACAAAGAUGUAGUGGUGAAAAUAGACAAUAAAGCUAACAGCGAGUUCAUGGAUCAAAAUCUGAAAAAGACAAAAGUAAAACUCGGAGGAAAGUUCAAAGAUGAAAUUCAUCAGAUGGCAAAUAACCUACUUAAAAUUGGGGAAGAUAUCCAGAGGAUUUUAGAUAGAAAGCGAUCAGACAUUUUUCAAAAGAAGAAAAUGGCUAGACUAAAAAGAAAAAUUUAUCAUGAUGAUGUUAUGGAUGCUGCGGAUGAACCAUUGCUAUACAAAGAAGAAAUGACAGAUUUGUACAAAAGGAGAUGUGAAGCAAACAGAAUUGGGAACAAGACAAGGACACCAGGAGCAUCACUAAAGGAUGGACAUUGUAUGAAUUGUCUUGAUAAAUUUGUUUCACUGAAACAUCCAGAUGUCUGCAAAUAUCAUCCAGGAUUCAAAGAUCUUGAAGGGAACUGGAAUUGCUGUGGAAUGAAAUCUCAGUUUAACCAACCAACACUGAAAGAACACCAAAGUACUGGGUGCUCUACUGGCAUGCACAACUGGAGACAUGGUAAACCCCUUAAGCAGACAAAGAUAAAAAAUCAUGUGUGUGACUGGAGUGCACAACUGGAGACAUGGUAAAUCCCUUAAGCAAAAAAAGAUAAAAAAAAUCCAUGAAGAUAUAUUAGAAUUUCAGACAAACUGGCAGAAAGUUUGAAAACGAGCAAUUUGACUACAAUUUGAACACAAGAAUAAAAGUUUCUAUGCUUUUUUAAAGAUAUAUUGCAUGUUAUUUAUAUUACAUCAGUUUUGUUUUUAUUUGCAUUCCAGACUUUAGAACUGUAUAUGUUAUAUGAUAUUUAUGGUUAAUAUAUUUUAAUUAAUAUUACAUUUGUUUUGAACAUUUAUGUGUUAUGUCUGUCAACAAAAGGCCACUGACUCUUUGUUUUUCACAUAAUAUAGGUUAUAAACACUUUAGAGGUUACUUUGUUGUUUCUUUUGACUGAUCACAUCAUAAUAUUAUGAGAUACAAUUGUACACAAUUAAAAGUGAAAAUUGUUAUGUGUGUUCUGUUCCAUUUAUUACAUAUAAAUCUGAUAUAAAAAGGUAUGCUGAUUUUAAGUUAUGAGAAAAUAAACUCAUCAUAGAUACCAGGACCAAAUUUAGUAUAUACGCCAGACGCGCGAGGAGAAGGCUUCUAUUUCAGCUCCAAAUAUUGUAAAUUUUUUUUAUUAUUCUGAAUUAAUACAUUUUUUUUGGUGGGAAACUGAAACAGAACAAUAUUUGAAAAGAUUUUAUUACAAAGUUGUGCCAGUUACAUCCAAAGGUAAAAAAAAUGGGAUUUUUCGUGAAAAUUUCCAAAUCUUCUGGAUUAAAAACAUAUGUGAGUCUAGGAUGCAUAGAGUGCAGUUUUAGACAAAUUGAAUAUUCAAGUCAGGUAUUUCAUUUGUUAAACAAACUUUGUAGUUUUUUUGCGUCAAAUUAUGCACUUUUCGUUUCCUGUCAACCUAAUGAAAUUUGCAUGAUUUCUGAAUUUGGAGUUAAAUUAAGAUUUACGAUGAUUAUGACGUCACAUAAAGAAUUCUGAUAGGUAAACUUUCAUACAAAAAAAAACCAACUUCUGAACUAGAAAUUGUAAAAGCUUUGAUAUAUUGUGAUAUAUUGGUUUGACCAUAAAAUCCUUAUUUUUAAAAUAAAGCUAGCUACAGGGGCCAUAUUGGGGCAUAAGUAAGCAUAGGUUUAUUAGGUUGUAUGUACAGAAUUAUUUUUGUUUUCAAUUAUGUUUUUUCUGUUUUUUUUGUUAAUAAAUAGAUGGAAAAAAGUU